AUGGCUUGCCGCGUGUGGCCCACGCGCAAACUCAUGGGCAUGGCACCAGCCGCGAUGUGGACGGUACGUGGAGCCACACUGGAUAGGCUCUGCAGCAUAAAGGAGGCGACGCAGCCGACGUGUUACGUAUGGACGCCCAAGUUGGUCUGCAAGGCACUACGGAUGUCAUCUCGAGCUGGACUUUCACAGCUACAUCGCAUCCACCAGCUGAGACUGGGAUUCAGAUGUGCUAUCUCGACGGCGCGGGCGGCUUCGUCUACGUGCCAUCCAGCGGUCACCGGAAGCCUCAAACUCGAUAGU